ACUUUUUUAUUAUUUUUUCUUUGAGAAUCAUUCUAAAUUCUACGCUAAACGCCCUUCUCCUGCAUCUAUGCAGUUUGAUGCAGCAUUAGGACGCCAGCUUCAUCGUUGUCGCGCCACCGGGCUCCACUUACAUAGGUUAUCCUCCAACCUUUUCUACCUCUCUAAUUUGACUCUCUUCUGUUCCCAAUUUCUCAGGCCAAUCCACACAGCAGCUUGCCUCGUUCUUUGUUUUUGCUGCAAGAAAGGCGACAUCCUUGAUGCGGUCGCAAAAUCCAACGUCCAUCAUUCUAUUUGACUCUCUUCUUUCACCUUCUCUUCAUCUUUUCUUCCUCUUUUGCUAACUUGCCUAUUCCCUCGCUACAAUCUAUAACUUAGCCGGCCUGCUUUCUCUUUCUUUCUUUUUACUUGUGGUCCUCUCUUUUCUCGCAUCGCAGUGCUUUGAUGCAGGACGACCAAGGCUUGGGCUUGAACACUUCAUGUUCUCUGCAACUAUGUAUUACGAACUUAAAUAUCAGUGCCAAGUGUUUGUUCCAUGCUUAAGCAGCAUCUUGGACUGUAUUGCAUAUUCAUGUUGAGUAAUUUGUUAGAGAGUUUGAUAUCCUGGACCAGUUUCCUUGAUGGAGCUUAAAGCUGCUAGUGUUGAUUGUGAAGAUGGGAAUUUCAGUAGGUCUCAUGAUCUGUGGCCGCGUGAAAUGAAUCCAAAGAAGGGAAGGUUUCCUUGCUGCAUAGUUUGGACUCCCCUUCCAAUUAUCUCAUGGCUGGCUCCUUACAUCGGCCAUGUUGGAAUUUGCCUUGAGGACGGGGCAGUUUUGAUUUGCUGGUUCAAAUUUGUAAACAUUGAUAAUUUGCAUAUGGUGCAGUUGCCAAAUAUGUUUCAACUCGACAGGAAACAGUGCUGCUUUCCAGCGAAUCUGUCUAGCCACACAUGCCGGCAGCCCUACCAGCACGCCGAGGGUGGAACGGCAAUCUCUUGGGAUUAUGCGCUUGACAUUUGCACGCAGAAAUACCAACACAAAUACUAUAACCUGUUCACAUGCAACUGCCACUCCUUCGUUUCCAAGUGCCUCAACCAGCUUGCAUACAAUGGCCAUGUCAGGUGGAAUUUACUGAACCUGGCAGUACUGAUUCUUUGGAAGGGACAAUGGAUUGAUGGCAUGUCUGUCUUCCGAUCAUUCUUCCCCUUUGCUUUUGUGGUUUGCAUUGGAAUAUUGAUGGCCGGCUGGCCAUUUCUCAUUGGGAUGGCUUCUUUCUCAGUUCUUCUGAUCGGCUGGUUCCUUGUAGGCACCUACUGUGUGAAAAGUUUGCUGGACUGACUGCUUAGGCAGGCUUGACUGGUACUUGUUAAUAUUCUGAUAUGCUUGGAUAUUGACUCCUUACAGUUUUAUACUUGCUGAAGAUUAUGAAAUUCUUGCUUGGCAUUCUCUUGCUCUUUUCAUGA